CACGUGGAGUCUCAGAUAUGGCUUUUUCUUUGCCACUCUGCCUAGACAAGUGUGUACAUCACCUCUCGUCCUUUGUUCUGGACCGGAGAGACGGACUCGUCUCCGUUGACGACGGCGUGAGACGACUCCGCCUGCUGGACGCCAAGGGGCGGGUCUGGACCCAGGAGGUGGUCCUCCAGGUGGAGGCCCAGACCAUCAGCCUCAUAGACCAGGAGACCAAGAAGGAGCUGGAGCGGUUCCCCGUGGCGACGGUGCAGCUGAGCCGCGCCGUGACGGGCGCCUGCGGCUACGACUCCAUGCUGGCGCUGGUCUGCAGGGAGCCGGGUCGGCGCCGGCCGCACCUGCACCUGUUCCAGUGCGACCACGUCAAGGCCACGCUGAUCCACGCAGACGUAGAGAGCGCCGUGCUGGACGCCAGAGGGGGAGGAGUCAGGAGGAGGCCGGAGGCGUUGAAGAUGAUCCUGAAGAGCGACGGCAUCAUCCCGCCUCCUCCCGCUGACCCCGCCCCCCAACCGCCCGCGCCGUCCAAUCAGGUGGAGGCGAAGGGCCGAGCGACCGCCUGGUCAGCGUGGACCAAUGAGCAGCCGGCAUAUGAGCAACCUCCGGAGGAGGAGGGGCCGGUGGAGGUGACGGCAGCCCGAGUGGACCGAGACGUGCAAGUCCUGAACCACAUCCUGGACCACAUCGAGCGCUUCGUCAGCCGCCUGCAGAAAGCUGCCGAGGCCCUGAGAGAGCUGUCCAAGAGGAAGAGGAAGAGGAAGAGGGGUCCUGGAGAGGGCGUCCUCACGCUGCGCUCCAGACCUCCUGCAGAGGACGAGUUUGUGGACUGUCUGCAGAAAUUCAAGCACGCCUUCAACCAGCUGGGGAAGCUGGCGGAUCAGAUCCAGAACCCGAGUUCUGUGGAUCUGCUUCACUUCCUGUUCUCUCCUCUGAGGAUGGUGAGUCAGCACGUUACCCCCCUUGUCCCCUACCUGUCCCCUACCUGUCCCCUUGUCCCCGACCUGUCCCCUUGUCCCCGACCUGUCCCCUUGUCCCCGACCUGUCCUCUUGUCCCCUACCUGUCCCCUUGUGCCCUACAUGUCCCAUUGUCCCCUACCUGUCCCCUUGUCCCCGACCUGUCCUCUUGUCCCCUACCUGUCCUCUUGUCCCCUACAUGUCCUCUUGUCCCCUACCUGUCCUCUUGUCCCCUACCUGUCCCCUUGUCCCCUACCUGUCCUCUUGUCCCCUACCUGUCUUAUUGUCCCCUACCUGUCCCAUUGUCCCCUUGUCCCCUACCUGUCCUCCUGUCCCCUACCUGUCCUUUUGUCCCAUACAUGUCCUCCUGUCCCCUACAUGUCCUCUUGUCCCCUACCUGUCCCCUUGUCCCCUACAUGUCCCCUUGUCCCCUACCUGUCCUCUUGUCCCCUACCUGUCCCAUUGUCCCCUACCUGUCCCCUACCUGUCCCCUACAUGUCCUCUUGUCCCCUACAUGUCCCAUUGUCCCCUACCUGUCCUCUUGUCCCCUACCUGUCCUCUUGUCCCCUACCUGUCCCCUACAUGUCCCCUUGUCCCCUACCUGUCCUCUUGUCCCCUACCUGUCCCCUUGUCCCCUACCUGUCCUCUUGUCCCCUACCUGUCCUCUUGUCCCCUACCUGUCCCCUUGUCCCCUACCUGUCCUCUUGUCCCCUACCUGUCCCCAGGUGAUCCAGGCCUCUGGCAGUGUGGACCUGGCCCGCGGUGUGGUGGUCCCCCUCCUGAGCAGAGAGACCAUCGACUUCCUUCACGUGUCGGGGACGGCGGAGGAGAGACACCUGUGGGUCGCCCUGGGAGACGGCUGGACCAAGAGCAGGCUGGAUUGGCCCCGGCACCACUACUUCCCCCCCUGCCCGCUGACCUUCCAGGACGGCUGGGAGCCGCCGCUGAUCCGGGAAACUCAUUCCAGAGACCUGGACCAGGACCAGGACCAGGUCCAGGGUCCCCCCAGCGCGGAGCUGCAGAGACAAGAGGCCCUGCAGCAGGCGGUGCAGAGGGACCCCCCCACAGACGGAGACCCCCCCACAGACGGAGACCCCCCCACAGACGGGUACGCCUCCUGCAGCUCCUACAGGCGGAUGCAGGUCCUGGAUCAGGACUCGACCGUGGCGGCUUUCAAUCAGGCCGUGAGCCGCCGCGUGGACCGGAGUUUUGAGGCCGAACAAAGAAACCAAAAAGAAGUUUUUGCCAAAUCUAAAUACGACUUUGUGGCGAGGAACUCCAACGAGCUGUCGCUGCUGAGGGGCGACGUGGUGCAGGUCCUGGAUGACAGGAAGCAGUGGUGGAAGGUGGGUAAGGACUCCGGGGCGUCCGGCUACGUGCCGAACAACAUCCUGCAGCUCACGGAGGAGGAGCCUAUCUACAGCCACACCAUCCAGCAGCUACUGGGAGAGCUGAACGAGAAGCAGACCACAAGGACCGACCAUCCCCCCGUUAAACCGCUCGUGACUCCGCCCCCUCCGGCCCCCACGGGCCCCACCCGGCUCCCCACGCCGCCGCUGCCUCCUCCGGCCGCCAGCCGCCAGAACAGCACCGCCUCCAGCGCCGCCAUGAGGGACCACAGCCACCAGGGGCCGCCACCCGUCUCCCGAAGGAAAUCCAACAUGGAGGAGGUCCAGGACGAGCUGAUGCAGCGCCUGACUUUAGGACGCAGCGCCCAGAAGAAGCUGCAGGUGUCCGGCCGCCUGCCGGCCGCCGGCAUCACCUGCGACUCGUCACCGGAGGACGUCCGGACCUGGCUGGAGGCCAAGGGCUUCAGCCCAGUCACCGUCACCAGCCUCAGCGUGCUGACCGGCGCUCAGCUCUUCUCCCUCAACAAAGACGAGCUGAGGACCGUCUGUCCCGACGACGGCGCUCGAGUCUUCAGCCAGGUCACCGUGCAGAAGAUGGCACUGGAGAGGGGUUCAGGCUCCGAGCUGCAGGAGGUCAUGAGGAGGCGGCAGGAGAAGCUGGCAGCCGGCACCUGCGACUCGGGGGUGGAGUCUUUUGACGAAGGCAGCACCCACUGAGCGCCUACCUGGCUUCCUCCCCUCCUUCCCUUACUGCUUUACUUUCACUCUCCUUUCCUUCACACUGCAGCCUGCUGUCUUCUCGCCUCCUCGUCCUCAGGCGGCGGCCGACCGCGCCAAGUUCGUGGAGAUCAUGAGGCGGCGGCAGGAGCUCCUCAGCUCGUCUCCUUAAGGACGCGAGGAGAGGACCUCAGCUCGUCUCCUUAAGGACGCGUGGAGAGGACCUCAGCUCGUCUCCUUAAGGACGCGUGGAGAGGACCUCAGCUCGUCUCCUUAAGGACGCGUGGAGAGGACCUCAGCUCGUCUCCUUAUGGACGCUUGGAGGAACCUCAGCUCGUCUCCUUAAGGACGCUCAGUAUGACCGUUGUGGAUCCACUUCAUGAAUCGUCAGAAGCUUCUAGAGUCUGUGAAUCACCUGGUGAAAUCCUUAGUGGUUUAGUUCGUUUGUUGAUUGAUUUGUUGAUUGAUUGUUUGUUUGUUGAUUGUGGGUCACCGAGAGGAACCAGCUGGUUCUGAUGGUCCGGACCCAAAGCUUCAGGAGGAGAUGAACCUGAUGCUCAUGGAAUAUAAUCUGUUAGUUUUAUCAACAGUUUAAUUUAAAUGUGAGUGAAAUACUUGAGAUGAACUUCAUGUCUGCUUCAGGGACAUCACGGGAUUUACAGCUCAGCUUUUCAUAAGCAUUUUUUGCACAAUAAACAGUGAGAACCUGAAA